AUGGAGGAGGCCUUGGAGUUGGCGCGUGCGAAGGACACCAAGGAGCGGAUGGCUGGCGUCGAGCGCCUCCACCAACUGCUCGAAGCUUCCAGAAAGACGUUGUCCUCGUCGGAAGUGACGUCACUCGUCGACGUCUGCUUAGAUCUCUUAAAGGACAACAACUUCAGAGUGUCUCAGGGCGCGCUGCAGGCGCUUGCCUCCGCUGCUGUCCUCUCCGGCGAGCAUUUGAAGCUGCACUUUAAUGCGCUGGUCCCGGCGGUGGUCGAGAGGUUGGGCGAUGCCAAGCAGCCUGUUAGGGAUGCUGCCAGAAGGCUGCUGCUUACCCUCAUGGAGGUGUCUUCGCCGACAAUUAUUGUUGAAAGAGCAGGGUCUUAUGCUUGGGCACACAGAAGUUGGAGAGUUAGGGAAGAGAUUGCUCGUACAGUUACAUCAGCUAUUAGUCUGUUUGGAUCUACUGAACUACCACUUCAACGUGCCAUUUUACCAUCCAUUUUGCAGAUGUUGAAUGAUCCAAAUCCUGGAGUGAGGGAAGCGGCUACUUCGUGUAUCGAGGAGAUGUAUACUCAGGCUGGCUCUCAGUUUCUUGAAGAACUACACCGGCAUCAUCUACCGACAUCGAUGUUAAAGGAUAUUACUGCAAGAUUAGAAAAAAUUGAACCGAAGAAGGUUCAUUCUUCUGAUGCUAUUGUUAGCAAUUAUCAUCCUAGUGAAACCAAACCAGCAACCAUUAGUACAAAGAAAAGCAGCACCAGGUCCAAAAGCUCAACACGUGAGACUUCUCUCUUUGGAGCAGAUAAUGAUAUCACGGAGAAACCAGUCGAACCAAUUAAAGUUUAUUCUGAAAAAGAGCUAAUAAAAGAGUUUGAGAAGCUGGCUUCUACUCUUGUGCCUGAUAAAGAUUGGUCUGUCCGUAUUUCAGCCAUGCAGAGACUAGAAGGCCUUGUUAUUGGAGGUGCAGUUGAUUAUCCCUGUUUCCGUGGACUUCUUAAGCAGCUAAUUGGGCCCUUGAGCACUCAACUAUCUGAUCGACGAUCUAGCAUCGUGAAGCAGGCAUGCCAUCUGUUAUGCUUCUUAUCAAAAGAUCUCUUAGGGGACUUUGAGGCAUGUGCCGAGAUGUUUAUCCCGGUCCUUUUCAAGCUUGUUGUGAUAACAGUGCUUGUAAUUGCAGAAUCUGCAGAUAACUGCAUAAAGACGAUGUUGCGAAAUUGCAAAGUUUCCCGUGUGCUUCCCCGAAUUGUUGACUCCGCGAAGAAAGACCGAAGUGCUGUACUACGUGCAAGGUGUUGUGAGUAUGCACUUCUAAUCCUUGAAUAUUGGGCUGAUGCACCUGAAAUACAACGUUCAGCUGACCUCUAUGAAGACCUCAUUAGAUGUUGUGUGGCAGAUGCAAUGAGUGAGGUACGAUCUACCGCCAGGACUUGUUACAGAAUGUUUGCAAAAACCUGGCCUGAUCGAUCUCGGCGUUUGUUUUCUUCCUUUGAUCCAGUUGUUCAAAGGGUAAUAAAUGAUGAAGAUGGAGGAAUGCACAGAAGGCAUGCUUCCCCUUCUGUUCGUGAAAGAAGUUCAAUGACCUCUCAGACAUCUGCACCUACAAAUGUACCUGGUUAUGGGACCUCUGCUAUAGUUGCAAUGGAUCGAAGUGCUAGUCUACUCUCACAAGCAAUGUCUAUCAGUAAGGGGACAGACCGUAGUCUGGAAAGUGUGUUGCACUCGAGCAAACAAAAGGUAUCUGCUAUAGAAAGUAUGCUGAAAGGUUUGGACACAACAGGGAAAAGCCGAUCUUCCAGCCUGGACCUAGGAGUUGACCCCCCAUCAUCUCGUGACCCACCAUUUCCCCUUGCGGUCCCAGCUUCAACUAGUCUCACAAGCUCCUUAGGCGAUGCAAUAUCUUCUACCUCUAAGGGUGACAGUCGCAAUGGAGGCUUGUCGCUUUCUAAUAUCAUGACACAAAUUCAUGCUUCUAAAGGGUCGGGUAAAUUAUUAUACCAUAACAACACGGGAAACGAGCUUCCAGCCCAUUCUUCAUACUUACCCAAGAGAGCUUCUGAAAAGGUACAUGAUAGAGAGAGAGGAUUCGUGGAAGAAAAUGCUGAAUUCAGGGAACCUAGACGUUACACGAAUCCCCAUGUUGACAGGCAAUACUCAGAUACACCAUAUAGAGACGCAAAUCAUCGGGAUUCAUUAAAUAAUUACAUCCCGAACUUUCAGCGUCCUCUUUUAAGAAAGAACGCAACUGGACGAAUGUCUGCUGUCAGGCGGAGGAGCUUCGAUGACAGUCAGCUCCAUAUGGCAGACCCGUCGUGCUAUUCAGACAGCCUGGUUUCUCUUUCUGAUGCUCUAACCGAGGGCCUCAAUUCAAGUUCCGAUUGGAAUGCUCGUGUGGCCGCAUUCAAUUACAUCCAUUCCCUGCUUCAGCAGGGCCCACGAGGCAUUCAAGAAAUAACCCAGAGUUUCGAGAAAGUCAUGAAACUGUUCUUCAAGCACUUGGACGAUCCCCACCAUAAAGUUGCUCAGGCUGCCCUCUCGACCCUAGCAGAUCUUAUCCCUGCCUGCAGAAAGCCAUUUGAAAACUACAUGGAGAGGAUUCUGCCCCAUGUUUUUUCCCGUUUGAUUGACCCAAAGGAAUUAGUGAGGCAACCCUGUUCGACUACAUUGGAUAUCGUUGGCAUGACGUUCGGUACAGAUUCCCUUCUACCUGCUCUGCUGCGUUCCCUGGACGAACAACGCUCUCCGAAAGCAAAACUGGCCGUCAUUGAGUUUGCUAUUGGCUCAUUCAACAAGCACACUUCGAGUUCUGAGGGUUCCACCAAUAGUGGCAUCCUCAAGCUGUGGCUUGCAAAAUUAACGCCGCUGGUACAUGACAAAAAUACAAAAUUGAAAGAAGCGGCGAUAACAUGCAUAAUAUCUGUUUAUACUCGUUUCGACUCGACAUCAGUUUUGAAUUUUAUCCUUAGUCUAUCCGUCGAGGAACAGAACUAUCUCAGGCGGGCCCUCAAGCAGUACACUCCCCGCAUAGAGGUGGAGCUGGUGAACUUUCUUCAGAGCAAGAAAGAGAGGCGGGGUAAAUCCUCAUAUGACCCAUCUGAUGCGGUCGGGACAUCCUCCGAAGAGGCGUAUAUUGCAUUGUCGUCGAACAAGCCCCAACAUUUUGGAAGGUACUCUUCUGGUUCUGUAGAUAGCGAUGGUGGUAGAAAGUGGAGUUCCCUUCAAGAUGUGUCCUUUGCAAUGGGGUCUGUUGGUGUUUUGAAGCCUGAUGAUGUUAGGGAAGAUUUGUCUCAUCAUUUGGUGAGGAGUAAUUCAGACCCUGAUGUUCCCUCUUCAAAUUACAAAAGUCUGAGGGGCGCGUCUGGUGAUAUGAUUGGGUCUUGGGCAGUGGGUGGCUGUCCGGAUAUUGAGAUCUCUUCAUCAGCACAAGUGAAUAUUAACGGGUCGGUUGGAUCUGAUCAUCUGCAGAAGCCCGCGGGCUUUGGCAUGGCUAAUGAACCUUUCUCUGAAUCUGAAUUAGCAUUAAAUUAUACUCAGCUCUGUGCGUUGAACUUAAAUUCUGCCACGGAAAGUGGUCCAAGCAUUCCCCAUAUUCUUCAUUUGAUUUGUAAUGGCAAAGAUGAGAGGUCUACAAUGAACAAGUGCCGUGCACUUCAGCAGUUGGUUGAAGUUUCUGUAUCUGCUGAUCACUCGGUUUGGAGCAAGUAUUUCAAUCAGAUAUUGACGGCUGUACUGGAAGCUCUGGAUGAUUCCGAUUCAUCAAUCCGUGAGCUGGCUCUCACUGUGAUAGUUGAAAUGCUGAAGAACCAGAAGGAUUCCAUGGAAGAUUCUGUUGAGAUCGUAAUUGAAAAGCUGCUAGACGUGACUAAAGACAGUGUUCCAAAAGUGUCCAGCGAAGCAGAACAUUGCUUAACUAUAAUCUUGUCUCAAUACAACCCAUUCAGAUGCCUGAGUGUCAUUGUUCCUUUUUUGGUUACUGAUGAUGAGAGAACUCUUGUCACCUGCAUUAACUGUUUGACAAAGCUUGUGGGUAAGCUCUCCCAUGAGGAACUUAUGGCUCAACUGCCCUCAUUUUUGCCUGCUUUGUUUGAUGCAUUUGGGAACCAGAGUGCAGAUGUUCGCAAGACUGUAGUUUUCUGUCUGGUUGAUAUUUACAUCAUGCUCGGGAAGGACUUUUUACCGUAUUUGGAGGGUCUUAACAGUACACAACUUCGGCUGGUGACAAUAUACGCAAAUAGGAUAUCACAGGCAAGGACCGGUACUCCUAUUGAUGCCACCCAAUGA